AUGGCGCAGUUUCAUCAUUUGGGCUUGGGUGGAUUGGUGCUGAUCGCCGCCAUCAUUCGACUGUUGCUUAUCGGUCGCCGGCCUAAGAACUAUCCACCUGGACCUCCCACAAUACCAGUGUUGGGUAAUUUGCAUCAGAUGCCAACAAGAGACGCCCACUUACAAUUCGAGAAAUGGGCACGAGAAUAUGGUCCGGUCUAUAGUUUGAUGCUUGGCACCAAGGUAAUGAUUGUGCUCUCGAGCGAUACGGCCGUCAAGGAGCUGCUCGACAAGCGCAGCGGCAUCUACUCUGAUCGUUUGGAUAUGUAUGUUGGUCAGACUCUUUGCAGUGGGGGGCUUCGUUUGUUGAUGAUGGGAUACACUCCAAGAUGGCGGGCUUUCCGGAAGAUGGUUCAUUCUUUGCUGAACAUUACAACUUCAAAGUCUUACGUCCAGUAUCAGGUGCUUGAGAACAAGCAGAUGCUGUACCAGUUUCUCGAGCAGCCCCAAGACUUCCUGAAACACAUCCGGCGUUAUUCGAAUGCACUGACCACAACUAUGGUUUUUGGAUGGCGAACGCCGGUAUAUGAGGACGAAAAUAUGAUGCAGCUGUUCGAUGGUUUUGCCGAGUUCGCAGAAAUCAACCAGACUGGAGCAGCGGGACUCAUUGAUUUUUAUCCGAUUUUGCGAGGACUGCCAGAUAUCUUGUUGCCGACGCGCAAGAAAGCCAAGCAGCUGCACAGUGUCGAAAAGCAGCUCUACCUCAAGCACUGGCUUAGUUCCAAGAAAGCAAUCCGGGAUGGGACUAUCCGACCGUGCUUCUGUCAAGGCAUGGCAGAGUCCCAAAAAGCGGGCGGGUUCUCCGACGAUCAAGCGGCUUACAUCUCCGGCACACUGCUCGAAGCAGGAUCGGACACCACUUCGAGUACGCUAUACGCUUUCGUGCUGGCGAUGCUGUUAUAUCCAGAGGCCCAAAAGAUUGCACAGGAAGAGAUCGAUCGGGUGGUUGGUGAACGUCUGCCAACCAUGGAAGACCAAGAGGAACUCCCAUUUGUCAGAGCUUGCAUGAAAGAGACACUCCGAUGGAUGCCAACCACAAUCCUUGGAGCAGUCCCUCAUGCUGUCACUAAAGAUGAUGAGUAUUUGGGCUAUACCAUUCCAAAGGGCGCUGGAGUGAUGAACAAUGUCUGGGCGAUUCACAUGGAUCCUGUGCGCCAUCCGCAACCACGCCAGUAUCGACCAGAGCGUUAUCUUCACGACACACUAAGCCUUUAUGAUUCUGCAGCUAAUUCCGAUGGAACAAAGAGAGACGUCUUCACUUUCGGGGCGGGAAGGCGUAUUUGUCCUGGGAUGCAUGUCGCAGAGCGAAGUCUGUUCCUCGGCAUUUCGAGAAUACUCUGGGCCUUCUCUAUCUCACCUGCUGUGGACGAGAAUGGAAAGCGGAUAAUCCCAGAUCAGGAGAAGCUGACUCAAGGCUUUGUUUGUAUGCCGGAAGACUACCCAGCCGCGCUAACACCGCGAUCGGGAACCCGGGCCAACAUCAUUAGAAAGGAAUGGGAGGAAGCACAGAGAGACCAUUUGGACGAGCAAACAAUGCAAUGGAAGACCUAA